UCAGCCAGCAAUCUCGUUGCUUGAAUCUCCCUUAAUAUCAUCUGCAGACACUAUCUUAACCUCAACUGACACUUGAAUCAUGUCUCACACAAUGCACCUCACUCCUUUCUUUUUUGCACUUCCUGCUCAAAAAUGCGUCCCUUGAUCAGAAAAAGUCUCUUUCCCACCCUGACACGUGCAAUGAUCCCCCAUUUUCUUUGCCAUCGCGACAUACGGAAAAUGUGGAAGCGUCUGUUCUUGUACAUCUGUAUCUCUGCAUAUAUGGUGAGGACAGCCGUCUCUCUCUCUCUCUCUCUCUCUCUCUGUGUGUGUGUGUGUGUGUGUGUGCCUGCCUGACCUUGGAGCUGAAGUUCUCUCCCGUCGCCCCACUUCUUCUUGGUGUCCAGAACAGUCGCCUCGCCGUCCACCACUUGGUGCAACUCGACCUGCGGAGAGACGUAAAGACACACAGAGACACCGGUGGGGGCCGACAUGCUUCCUUUUGUGAGUCCCGCAUACAUACAGCAUUGAUGUUGAUCAUGAUGACAAAGAAGUUCUCUGUGUCGUAUGCCUGCCGCACAACACACGCAGACAAUGUGUCUCGAUUGGCUUUGCUUCACAUGGAUGCUCACUCGCAGCACAAGCCCGACGGCUCCCGCCUUGACGGCACCCGGCGCGCCGAGUGCGACGUCCACGGAGACGUGUGCCGACGGGCACUGGAAGUUGCGGAGGAUGAUGGCCUUGCGGAGCGAUGCGGCGGAGACAAUCUGUGGCACAGGCAUGAGGGGGCUGAUCUUGGGCUGCAGACGAGACACACACACGCGCACGCACAAAGCAGAUCGAUGGUGCAGUAACCGUCUGUUCUUGUGCGUGUAUGGAUGUGUAGCUGGAUGCGAUGGUCCUUUACUUUCUUGUAGAACAUGUCCUCAGAGCCCAGACGGUAAACAGCCUUGUCGCCGCCCUCCACGUAGCCACUGUGCCACCCUGCACAAACAACACGGAGACACACAGACCAACAGACACUCAGACGGCGACAAUGUGCAUGGAGGAUUUAAUCGAACGUAAAUGGCGAGAAUAGUGAGCGCGUCUUUUUGAUUUCUGCACUGUUUCAUUUUCCGCAUCGCGCCCAUCCAAGGCCUAACGGCAAUACCGCCCGCCGAGGAGCCACCUUCGCUCGACGACCUCCAGCACCCUUUUCAUCAGCUCGUCUGGCGACAGAUAAAGCACACAUCGAGGAGCCAAGAGAGAGUAUCCUCGAGAGGGUCGGUUGUGCGUGCCAUGGGAGAGUGAUGCCGACAAGGAGGGCGACGAACGAUUGAUACAUUCUAUCCACAGCUCAAAGACAGCGAACGACAGUCUCAUCAGAAGGAGCGGGAGUCUUGGGAUGACAAGUCAUCAAGCACUUCAUUCGGGAAAGUGAUGGACUUCAUUUUGAGGCAUUCUUCCUACUGGGAUCGUAAGCAGAGGACUGUGAUUCAACCAUGCUGUGUCUCGCCGGCAUCUUUCCGCUCGAGGGCCUUUCGGCUGUUGAUUGGUUGGUGUCCUCUCCUAAGCGUGUGACUGUUGCUCGCCUGGUGUGACUGCAAUACACCGUCGGUCACAACUCCGCCAAGCAGGCCGUAAUCCGUACAAUCCGGUAUCACAAUGCAAUUACUCCUUACUGCUUGUUGCCUUGCAUUGCACAUGUGUGUGUGUGUGUGCUCAAGGUCCCAAGGAUCACAAGGUGAGGCUGUAUGUACCUGAGUAUGGUGUCUUUG